GUCUGUGUCGCGCUGUCAGUGCCGCGCGUGUUGCGUCAGCGGACGGCCGCGGGACGGUGCGGAGCAUAGCGGCGUGCGCGGGACAUGGCCCCGCAGCCCUAGACCGGCUCAGUAGCCUCGCGCGCGCUAGCGGCCGUUCACGCGCCCAUGAUACAUCCCAACCGGCAUCAUGCGGUUGCGCGCGCGCGCGUCCAACCGCGCCAACAUAAGUUUUUUCAUCUUUGUCAUGUUCUUCGCUGUUUUUGGAGUGAUUUUCAUCACGGAAUUAUUCCUCCUGGAGCGACCCACGCAGCCCUCGAGAUCGCGAUACGAAAUAGAUGUGCAGAACUGGGCAGGCGGCCGCACAGAAAGGUUCGCGUCGAUGGAGAUAGAGCAAGCGUCGCCUGCGCAGACGGCACAGGAUGGCGUCUGGCAACCUGUCACGGGCACUAGGUUUAGAUUCUACGUAUAUUCAGCUUACGUGGAGCGACGGACGGUGGCGGCCGUCAGAAUCAUAGCAAGCACCAAGACUCGCGGCCCAGACGCUGUGUUCUGUCGCAUGUGGCUGCCUAACAACCGCACACUCACGCUCAAAGCAAGAGUUCAGGCGAUACGAGAGAACUGGAACUUGAAGUACAGUGCCGCGUACGUGCUCUGCCUGUUGCGGGACACGGGCGUGAAGCCGCAGGAGACUGUGGGGGCAUCCAUCGCCGUCAUCGCUUCUAUCGCGCCGAACAAACCUACCACCAACUUGCUGCUCGUGAUGGAUACCGAACCUAAACAGGGCUCUGAUGCUCACCCGAAAUCGCUCCACGUUUGCGUGAAGCCCUUCCACUUUUCAUACGGCCGUGUGGAGUGGAUGAUAGAAUGGAUUGAGUUGAACCGCAUGCUCGGAGUGUCGCACUUCUACAUGUAUAACAACACAGUGAGUGACCAGAUGGGUUGUCUCCUCAGCCACUACAAGCGGCGAGGCCUCAUCACGCUGCUACCAUGGGAACUACCCAUAGUUUCCAAGGUGAAAAUUAGAACGGAAGGUAUGUUUGCUGCCUUCAACGACUGUCUCUAUCGGUCGAUGCCAACAGCAGGCUGGUUGCUGGUGAUCGACACAGACGAGGUGGUGAUGCCGCGACAGAAGCGCAAGUUAACGGACUUGCUCAGUUCCCUGACAGACACAUACACGCUGCCAUCCAAGAGGCCCGCCGCUUUCCUCUUCAGAAAUGCUUUCUUCUAUGUGCCCUGGAAGGAUGACCCCGAGUCGAAAGCGCCCUUGCUGACGUCACGCAAGACGCGGCGAUGGGUGAAGCCGCACGCUCUCAAGAACCGCAGCAAGUACGCCGUGCGGCCGCGACAGGUCGUUGAACUUGGCAAUCAUUUUGUUUGGGAGCACGCGCCAGGUGCCAACUCCGUAGGCGUGCCAGUUGAAGGAGCCCUGCUGCACCAUUAUCGGUUACAUUGCGAGUUUGGUGGAGAUCAGUGCCUGAGUGUGCCAUCAAUAGUGGAUAGGACAGCGCAUAGAUAUACAAACGAAUUGUGGGAGAGAGUGAAAUCUAAAGUUAAAGAGAUUAAGUGCUUAAACUUGCAUGUUGAUCGCUUGUGGGUUGACUCUGCUGUAUAAAAAAAGAACGUACUUUUUAUAGUGUAAAUAUCCUUUGUCUCCGAAAAUAUCCAGAUGCUAUUUGCGACAUCGCGGCCGACGCGAUGAAUGAGCCAAUACAAUUGAUUUAUUUAUCGCAUAGCCAAUAGCGUUCGUUCAUUUAUCGCGUCGAUACGGUAUAUAAGCAGCAUACUAAGGCAAUUAUGCCUCAGUUUUCUCAAAGGUAUUUACGGUUCGUAAAAAGAUAUAUAAUUAUAAAUAUUGUAAAGGUUCGAAACAGUAAAUGUUAGAAAUAUAAAGACAACUUAUAUUUGAGGUUCUAAUAAUGUAAAAACGUACCUCGAAACUAGAAAAAAAAAUGUCUACGUGUACAAAAGCUGUUAAAGUUCAAGUAUAGACUAUUGAAAAAUAUAGACAAAUUAUAAAAGCUUUAAAUUUUUACUUCUGAGAUGUAAGUUAGUUCUGUUUAUGAGUUUUUAUCUCGGUUUCUUAUUUUAAUUGUUAUAAUAAUACUUAGAUUAUUAUAUCGAAAGAACACACAUACAUUUUUUUACAUUCAUGGUGCUGUUUCUGGCCACAUUUAAAUUGAUCUUGCAAGUUCCAAAAUUAUAUCUAUCUCUUCCUUAGUCGUUGUAAGUGAAGCUAUAUUUUUAGAGCUGGCAAGUUAAAAUAAUAAAAACCUUAUUAACGGUUGGCAAUAUAAAAUACAUUUUAGCAUGGCCAGCGUUGAAUGCUAAUAUACUACGCCGCCAAUAGACUAACAUCCUUAUUCUAAGAUAUUAACUCCUCGACUUCGUCUUCAGUUGAGGUGACCUCAAGGUUUUCCUCUAAUAUAUCACAGGCGAAUGUUGGAAUAUUCCAAAGUAUUCUGUCAAUACGAAAUUUGGACGCCGCGAGACUUACCUAUGAUAUAGCAUAGGUAGAAAUUAACAAUAUAAAUUGUAUAAGCAGUGUAAAAAGUAAGAUUUAUGGAGUUGCCAUGUCAUGUUGACAAAAACUCCCAAAUAAAUAAAGAUUACAAAAAAAGCUCUUCCUCGAACUCAGCUCAAAAUCAGUAUUAUGUUCUAAACGGCACCUCAACCUUAACUCGAGUUUACACCAGUAAGGCAUGACGUCAUUUUCGUAUUAUUUUGUUGGCAAUAUAAUAUGCGCGACUCCAGUCACGAAAAAAAAAAGAAAAAAAAUGAGUAAAAUCCUCAAGGCGAGGUCGUAAAUGUCAACUUAAGAUAGGUACCAAAAUGCUCAGCUGCGGCGGAGUGGAGGAAGAGUCCAGCUAACAUCUCAGAAUAUAGGUGUAAAUUCCUCUGACUCAAGCGUUUUUUUGCGCUUGUGAAUCUUUUAAUAGCAUAGACUCUAUGCUCUCUGUCAUAGAGACAAAAUUGCGAAAUUACUUGCGGAGUAAUUUUGCAAUCCUAUCUCUUAUUGCGGAGAAAUAAAAGCUUACUUGUUAUUUAUUUAUCGGCCAGAAUUGGCACCAUACUGACCUGACGGUGGUUCAAAAGUAGGCUGAUUAAAUAAAGACAUUGGGCCCCAAAAAUUUUUGCUAGGUAAGUACUUAUAAAUUGUAUUCAAAAAAUAUGUUUUAAGAAUUUACAUUGAACAUGUCGAGUCGUUAGUGAACGUACAAUAAUUGUACAUUCAACGCCUACGGUUCAGUUAUAAAACCUUUAUAUAAAUCACAAUUUACCAUUUUAAAAUGCACUAUUCUUUACUUGCUCAAUAAUCGAUGAAAUUACAGUAUUAAAAGAAAAUAAUGUACAAUGCAUAAUAUACCUAAUGUUAAAAGGUUGUAGAGUACCUAAUGGUUAUUCAACACCAGAGUUAGGUACUUUUUGUUAAGUAUUUUUACGAAACCUGAUAACCUUCAGUACACGACUGUUUGUGACACUUUCGACUAAUUGUUACUGUUUGAGGAAUUGAAGAUGACGAUGAAAACAUUGUGGGAUGGGGCAUGAAGGAAACGAUUAUAUUUCUUUAAUCCAUGUUUAUUUAACACGUUUUAUUAAUUUAAUUCAUUUUCCAUUUUAAAAACAACCGACCGCCAUCCCCCUGUCAUUCCGCAAUUCAAUCUUCUCUCUCGCUCACUCUUCGCUCUCUCUUUCACACACCUUUACGUUACGUUUCAUUCCGCCUACCAUUCCUACACUCGGCCAUCUAUAGACACAUUCACUUAAAAUUACAAGGGGGUUAAAAUGGCCACAUCGAAGCAAUUCAUCUAAGAAAAUAAUAAUUGCAAUUUGACAUUUGCGCACAUAAAAGUAAGUGCGCAAUGCAAACAAAUGUUAAAACGCAAUAUUGCUUUUUUUAAAUAGCUUCGAUGUGAACUUUUUAAUUCCCAAGAUCUGCCAAUAAUCUAAAUCAUCAUCAUCAUUAAUUCAAGAGCCACGCUCUUGUCGUUGUAGCAUUCUCUAUGCUUUAUCUAAGUAGAGAUAAAUUUCUACUUUUUUAGGGUAAAAUAGGGCAGUGGUUUCCCUCUUGCCUUCCGCCCCGCAGUACUCUGUCUGAUGCGAGUGGGACGGCGCCCAGAGUAGUCUAUUUCAAGGCCGUACUUAAGACUCCUGUUCUCCGCCUCUAAAUAAUACUGACAGUAUUACUGCCCUUAAUAAUCUAGGUAAGUGUAUGUUACUUACCAACAUUUGGUAAUGUUGUUCUUCAGAUAUUAACUCCAAAAUUAAAUACUUUUUAUGACUGUAAGCAAAUCUGUU